UAAUAAGGGUUGGACUAUGUAUCCUUGAUGCUCAACCUGUUUGUCAAUCUCAAGGACCAAGAGUCUGUUGCUCGUGUCUGAGCUCCCUCUGUCUGGGUCACAGGGCUCGUCCUCAACAAAAUGUCUGACACGGAAGAAGUCAUGGAGGAGCAGGAGGGAGAAGAUGAAUCAAAGCCCAAGCCUAAGUUUAUGACGAAUAUCGCGGCCCCAAAGAUCCCCGAUGGUGAAAAAGUGGACUUUGACGACAUCCACAGGAAGCGUCAGGAGAAGGAUCUGGCUGAGCUGCAGUCUCUGAUCGAGGCCCACUUCAUCCAGAGGAAGAAAGAGGAAGAGGAGCUCAUUGCUCUUGUUAACAGAAUUGAGAAGCGUCGCGCCGAGAGAGCCGAACAGCAAAGAGUCAGGGCAGAGAGGGAGAAGGAGAGGCAGGCCAGGCUGGCGGAAGAGAAGGAGCGUAAGGAGAUGGAGGAGCAGCGCAAGAAGCACGAUGAUGACGCCAAGAAGAAGAAGGCGCUCUCAAACAUGACCCAGCAGUACAGUGCCGGACAGAAGGGUGAGGCCAAAAGAGGAGGCAAGAAGCAAACUGAGAGGGAGAAGAAGAAGAAGAUCCUGGCUGAACGCAGGAAGCCUCUCAAUGUUGAUCACAUGGCUGAAGAUAAACUCAAGGAGAAGGCCAACGAGCUGUGGCAGUGGCUGAUGGGGCUGGAGGCUGAGAAGUUUGAUCUCGGGGAGAAACUCAAAAGACAGAAAUAUGACAUUAACCAGCUUCUUGCACGGGUCCAGGACCACCAGAGCGCCAAAGGUCGCGGCAAGGGCAAGAUGGGCGGCCGGCUGAGGUAAAGCAGCUGUGAGACAGAGCGGAGGCAGAGCGGAGGCAGACCGCGGCAGAAGAGACUGGCCCCAGUGUCCACCAUGCAUGUGUUCAUUGUUCUGUUGUGUUGGGUUACGUGUCAAUUAUCAUGAUAUCAAAACAAUAAAUAAGUCAUCACACUCACUCUGAUGCCUUUCUGCAAACUA